AUGAAAUUUAUUACUAUCGCUCUUCUUGCUUUGAUUGCAGUAUCUGUUAAUGCCGAUUUGGCAAGUUGCAUCCAAGGAUUACCCAAUCCUUGUGGUUCUAAUGCUGAUGCCUCUUGUAUGACAGCUUUAAGUUAAUUUAAUACCUGCCUUACUACUAAUUCUUGUGCCUAAAACGUUAACAACCUUUCUGACUAUAGCAAAUGUGUUAAAGGUUGUGCCCCUAGCUCAAAUACCGAUGUCUAAAACUAUGUUAACAAAUAUGCUGACUGCUUAAGUGGAAGUAUUAUUGCCUACAGUUUCGUCUUCUUAGCUAUUUUAACCUUUAUGUUCUGA